AUGGCAACCAGUGGCUUCAUAAGACUAACGUUGAUCGUUGUGAUCGGUGGUGCUAGUUUGGGGCACGCACUUCGCUGUUACCAGUGUAACUCGAACGAUAAUUCCGAAUGCAGAGCACCCCCGAAGUCGUUCAACGAGUCAGAAUACGGUGACAACCGGACCGUGGUCGGUCGGUUACUUAAAGAGUGUCCUCGCGACGACGAGGGACGGGAUCCGUUCUGUCGGUCCAUGUUUGUUCUAGUCCUUGGCGGUAAGAAUCAACCGGACCAUACGCGGAUUCUGCGAGAAUGCGGUUACGUGCGACACCACAGACCCUGCUACAGCGUAGAAAAUGGUGGACACGAGGAAGUGGUUUGCCAGUGCCCGACCGACGGAUGCAAUGGAAGCGCGCAGCAUUCCGCAUCGAUCGUGGCUCUUCUGUCCGCGGGCGUCGUUCUUAGAUUACUGACCGCCCCAUUCUAG